AUGUGCGCCACGUCAGCGACCAGGCGUGCAGCAAAUGCUGCAGAUCUUCUCAUCCCAGCCGCACAAGUGAUUGGCUCAACUCCUGAGAUCAUUUCAGGGGAAGAAGAGGGCAAGCUGACGUUCCUUGGCGCCACCGCCGCAGUCAGCAGCGUAUUGGCGGGGGUAGUGACGGGAGCACCUCUUGCAGUGAUAGACAUUGGCGGUGGUUCAUCAGAGGUGGCCUUAGGCACCAUCUCUCCUCCCUUCAGGGAUGAAGUUUCCAGUUCCUUCUAUUUGUCCUCGUAUUCACCCACAAUCUCUGGCCCUCACACUAUUGCCUCGAUUGACAUCGGCUCCUCCUCUUUAUCGCACUCCUAUUCCCUCCACCUCAACCCCACCUCUCCAUCGAGUAUUGAAGCCGCUCGCCGUGCUGCCAGGGAGGACUACCGCUGCAAACUCUCUCCUGCACUGUCAACGGACUGGUUCAAGCACAUUGAUCAAGCUAUGGCCGACCCCACCGCUCCUGCGCCAGGGGUUUCGGCGUUAGACUUCCUAACGCGGGGCAAGCCGAUCGCCCCUGUUGCCCCACCAACUGCUUCAACCUCUGCUGCGGUACCUACGCCCAUUGACGAUGCGCCAUUGUCAUCAAACGGGCGGUACAAGCAGCGUGUUUUGAACUUCGCGCGUCCGGGCGGUCCGACACAGCCGGCACCGUCUGUUGAGACGCGACCCGUGGCUCCCGAACCCGCGGCUAAAGACUUCGAGGACCCCAAAGGCAAGAAGCAGUCGGUUGAGGAGCUUCAGCUGAAGUGCAAGGAGCAGUGGCAGCGGUACUUUCCCUGGCUAUUCAUCUCCGAAACCAAGGAUGGCCGACCCUGCAUGCGCUGCAGCGUCUGCAUGGUUUUCGCCGACCCCCACUCCAAGUACGGGCGCUACGGUGUUGGUGGCACAGACAUUCAGAAGCAGACGAUGCGCAAGCAUCACCACAGCCUGAAGCAUGAGGCGGCGGUCCUGCGGAAGGAGCAACGUGACGGAGCGAAGAAAGGACAGAAGUCCAUUGUGGACUUUCACCAAGGGGACGAGGACGUCAAGCGCCUUGCUCGUCUGAUGUCGAUUGUUUUGUUCAUUUGCAAGUCUGACGCACCCAUUGUGCUCUUCGUGUCACUCGUCCAGUUCAUGGCUGAGCAGGGGACGCCGGAUCUGCCCCUCAAGGAGAACAGGACGUACUACAGCGAGUAA